GAAGCUGCAGCUGCAGCUAAGCAAAAUUUUUUAGCCAAUAUGUCUCAUGAAAUUCGUACGCCUAUGAACGCUGUUAUUGGAAUGUCCCGUAUAUUAAUGGAGAGUGAUUUACCAACUGAGUUAUAUGAUUGUGCGGAAACAAUUGAAUCUUCAGGUAAUCAUCUUAUGGCACUUAUUGAUGAUAUUUUAGACUAUUCAAAGAUUGAAUCCGGAAAGCUUUCACUCGAAAAACGAAUUUUAGACUUGGUAUUUGUAAUUGAAAGUGCUGUAAAGCUUGUCGCUCCCACAUUCUUAGAUAAAGGGUUAACUCUGUGGUACGAAAUUGAUCCUAAUAUACCAAUUCAUAUUUAUGGUGACUUGGUACGCUUACGUCAAGUUAUUUUUAAUUUACUGUCGAAUGCUCUUAAGUUUACAAAAAUGGGCUACGUUCGUAUUUUAGUUGAAAUGGGACAACAGCAAGAAAAGGAAGACGAUAAUAUAAUUUCUCUUUUAGUCUCUGUAACAGAUACUGGUAUUGGUAUCCCGAAGGACAAACAAAACAAACUUUUCCAAUCGUUUUCUCAAGUAGAUGCAUCUACGACGCGUAAGUUUGGCGGUACUGGGCUUGGCCUAGCUAUUAGUCAACAGUUAUGUCGUAUGAUGGGGGGUGAUAUGGUAAGACGAUUUUGGGUUGAAUCUGAAGUUGGGAGGGGCUCAACAUUCAAAUUUCAGGUUUUAUUAGAGAAGCAAGUAAAUAGUUUAACCUAUAAAGAACAAAAUCAUCUUUAUAGAUAUCAUAAAACACAGCAUUUUACAUUUUCAGAAAUUAAUUUAACUUUGUCUGAUAUUUUAUCAAAUAAGACAACAUUACUUGUAGAUGAUAACCCAAUAAACCAAAAGGUGUUAUCGAGGAUGUUGAGUAAGAUGGGUCUCAAACCACAGAUUGCACAAAAUGGACGAGAGGCCUGUGAGCUAGUAUCAAAAUCAAAAGUAGAUCUUAUCUUUAUGGACAUUUGGAUGCCAGAAAUGAAUGGACUUGAGGCUACAAAAUGGAUAAGAGACAUGAAUAAAACGGAUGGUAAUAAUCCAUACAUCAUAGCAAUGACAGCAUGUGUGAUGGCAGGUGAUCGAGAAAAAUGCAUAGAAGCUGGUAUGAAUGGAUAUGUCAGUAAACCAGUACGCAAAGAAGAGUUAGAAGCAGCGUUGUGUAUGUAUAUUCAUACACAAAUUAAUAACUUAGUAGUACCCAAUGAUACAAUAUGA